AUGUCCUCCAUGCGCUUCCUGUGCAUGCACUGCCAUCAGCCCCUGAAGCUCAAUUGGACCUCGGAGGCACUGGGCUCGGUGCAAGAGGAGCCAGAGGGCACCCAGGCGGAAAGUGGCAGCUCUACCCAGCUGGCAGCUACUGGGGGGCCCCAGGCAGAUGUCUCGGGCGGCAGCCCCUGCGAACCCAAGGGCGGCAGCCCCUGCGAACCCAAGGGGGCCAGGGCGGCCCAGGAGAGUGCCUCCCACUUCACCUUGCUGGGCCGGUUGGCCUCCCAGAAAACCCUCAGCAGCGUCCAAAAGACCAGCGCCUACAUUUUCGACAUCAUCUCCGACCCGGAAAGUGUGGACCGUCCCCUGUGCGCCGAGUGCACCGACUGUCUCCUGGAGCAGCUGGACGGGCAGCUGGCGCGCGCCCAACUCCACAGCCAGACCUACGGACGCUGCCUGGAGCUCGGGCCGCAGAGGAGCGAGGACGAGAAGGCAACCCUGCAGGCCGAGCUGUGGGGCCUGGCGCUGGAGGAGGCCAGGCUGGUCCGGGAACUGGGGGACCUGGACCGUGGCCACGCCAAGGUCGCCGCGCACCUGAGCACAGCCCAGGCCGAGGGCACAGAGCUGGCCCAACAGGACGCGCAGCACGUGAGGGACCUCAGGGCCUUGCAGUGGCAGCAGCAGGAACUAUCGGACCAGCUGAGCAGCCUGGGCAACCGGCUGAUGUACGCCCAGCUCCAGACGCGGCAGCUGAGGGCCACCGACAUCUUCAAAGCCACCUUUGAGAUCUCGGAGGACGGUCCCUUCGGCGUCAUCAACGGCUUCAGGUUGGGCCGCCUCCCCCAAGUCCCCGUGGGCUGGGACGAGAUCAACUCAGCCUGGGGACAGGCGGCUCUGCUGCUGCUGGCCCUGUCCCGAGCCGUCGGGCUGCAGUUCCAGCGGUACCGCCUGGUGGCCCGCGGGAGCUGCUCCUACCUGAAACCCCUGGAGGGUGACGACGCCGAGGAGCUGCCCUUGGCCUCCGACGGGAGGGACAACGUCUUCCUGGACAACAAAUUCGACCGCGCCACGCUGGCCUUCCUAGAUUGCCUGCACCAAGGCACCGUCCAAAGUGACGUCGGCUUUCGAACGGGUCAGGAGGCGUUUGGGAUUCCAAAGACCGAUGGCCACAUUGAGUAUUGA